UUUAGUUGUCAAGGGAAAUCUGAAGUUCAUAUUAGGCAGUAGUAUUUUAUCAAUAAAAAUUUAAUAAUUUGCAACUUUCUUCAGUUUAUUCCACGUGGUUCAUCGAAUACAUUUUAAUUCAAUUUUUUAAGAUUAUCUACAACAUGAAGUUCAAUUUCAUCGGUUCAAAUUUCUGAAAGCUUUAAAUAAAAAGAAUGUUUCGAUAAAGAAAAGAUCUUGCGAAGAUAUAUGUCAUGCAAAUUUAAUUUUCAAUCUACAUCUGAUCUAUACAUUUAAACUCGAUGCUUUCUAUGUACAAACAAAAAUUAGAAUUUAAUGCUGAAAAGAAAAAUGUAUUUUAUAAAAGGAUUAAAAUAAUUAACAGAUAUAUCAAUCUACUGACAUAUCGACGAUGAAGAAGCUUUCUUACCAAAAGCGAACGCAGUACCUGGCUAGCUCUGUCACAUCCGAGUUUGAGAUCGAUUUUAGAAUUUCGCCUGUCGUCUUAUUAGGGUCUUCUUUCAUUCAAUAGGAAACUUAAACUUGGCAGCAUUAGUGAAUCACUGUUAUUGACUUCGCGGUAGAGAGAGGGGUAGAGGAUGCUCUGUCAUUUGUAGGGAAUCACCUUUAGUAUCCCUCGGACGGUCUAACACCGUAGUUAGCCACGCGUUUCCGUACUCCAAAAUUUCUCUCUAAAUAUCAGCGGAUUGUGCUUCGACCAAUCUUUACCAUGCGCAAAUACGAAUUCCACGAAUCAUUACCAUAAACUCUCUUUUGUUCCCAAACGGACACGUCGUCUCUGUAUUAUUGUAUAUACCAAGUGAACAGUUGACCUUAACUUUGAUAGAUUUGGCAAAUUGUGCGACGAAAUCAAAGCUUCAGACUGACACAAGUGACCAUACACGUCAGUGAGGAACGAUAGAGCCGAGAGUCAUUGACAUUUACCAGUGUCAUGCACACCAACGUUCGAUCAAUCGUUGUUCCAGGUACAGAAUCUGUCAGCAGUACACCGCCAGUCCCACCGAGACGGAAGAAGCGCAAAGCGAAGCUCGCGGCGAUUGCAAAAUCUCCGAAAGGAACGUCACCGAUUCGUCUCAGAAAACCAGACAAAAAGCGUUUGGCGCCACAGCCUCCGCAGCCUCCGCCGCGAGCAGUUGGAAGGAUCAAAUCUCACGUCGCCAAAGAUCAGGCAGAAGAAAGGACGUCGAACUCGCAGACAGUAGGCGAUGCGGAAGAAACGCUAAAUAGUCUAAGUUCGAACGAGACGAGGGAAACUUCUCAGCCGUCGUCCUUGCAGUUCGAGGAUGAUGACUCGGUACGGAUCGAGAAAGCGAGCAAAGAUGAAAACGAGAAAAACGACAGGUGCGGUUCAAGCAGCGAGACAAAGUCGCCGCACAAACGUCCGUUUGUAUUCGAGACUUUUGCUAGGAAGGAGACCAACAAGUACCCGCCGCUGUUCUUCACUUUGCACGAUUUUCAAAAUGUGAUGUCCAACACGCUGCAGCGUGAAGACGAUUUUAAUGACGAGCCUUCUGCGAAUUUCGAUAGCUCCUUUCACGAUUCCUUUCGCAACUCCCUUCGCAACUCCUUUUGCGAAUUUUUCGAAAAAUCGUUAGACGACGAGGAGGACGAGUUGCGUUUCCGUGUGACCACCACGAACCUUCCAUUCGAGAAAUGUUUGGACACAUGGACCGCUACAUUUACCGAUCGUUUGAUCGAGAAUUUCGACGUACCGAACCGUUUUAUUUUCGAAGAUUACGUCGAUAGAAGUAACAAGGUAAAUGUCCGACGAUCGGCCGGCCCGAUGUGUUACGACAGCUUUGAAGAGGAACCAACGGUACCUCGGUUGACCAAAGUGAGGUUCGUGAUCGAGUCACCUAGCUCGUCGACUUCAGAUCACGAAUUGAACAACGAUGGCGAGACCACGUGCUGCGACAGUUUGCAAAAUAUCGAUCCCCUGACAGAUGAGCAGGAGGUCAGCUGGAAUCGUGGCUCUUCCCUGAAAUUGACUGAGGUCACGGACGAUAUGGAUUGCAGGGACAUGAAUAAGGCUUUUGGUCAGGUACAAGAUUUCCAGGAGAAUCAUGACGAGUUCGGUGACGUACCUUUUAGUUCCAUUUUGAAAACAGGGGACAGUUUGGACCGGUGGUAUUCUCUGGACGAUGCCACGAAUUUUAUCAGGGCGAUCGAUAAGGAAUCUUUCGGCCAGGACGAUCGCGGUAAUUCCAACGGUUCGAUCGGCGAUUCGAUCGGCCACGAUUCGCAAGACGAGUCCCUUUGUUCCGAGGAUAAACUAAAAGUCGCGGACGUCAGCGAAGCGGAGUCGAGUUUAAUCAAGUUGAAAGCGGAAUGCUGUUCUGUGUUGGCCGAGGUUAGAGACGAUUGUUCGGAAAGGCCGCCCGAGGACAACGGUUUUGCGCGGGCUUCGAAUAACUGCACUGCUUCAAAUAACGUGAAAGACAAUAAAAAAUAUCACGAUGAAAAGGAUUCGACGCGUGAAGCUUCUGAAAAUGAAAACAACAAUGUAAAACGCGAAAUCAUUUCUGUCGGUACUAAUGAGAUUGCGAAUAACUUUGAUUGGAAAUUGGAAUUUAUAAGAAAUGAGACAAACGUCAAUUUUGUCCAGGAAGAUUCGAUAAUUCGUAGAGACAAAUAUCUAAGGACUGAAAUUAAUGGAGAACAAUCGACAAUAAACGAGACAAAAGUCUUUGAUCAACAAAUAAUAAAAAACAAAGUAAAGAAUAACGUUUUGAAGGAACAUUUGUUAUCAAAUAGAACAGAGACUGAUAUUAGCGAGGAAGUGUCGUCAGAUGAAGAGGAUAUGGAAAUUGACAAACAGCAAUUACAAACGAAUUCAGCCGAUAAAUCCACGGGGGAGUACAGAAGAAAGAUUUUCAUAAACGAAUCGCUUCGAAAUAUAAUAAAUCGUUGUGAUUUCACGUCGAAUGACCUUGCGGAUGGCAGUGAAGAUUCUGAUGUGCAAGACGAUAAUUUGGACGCUGACGAUAUUUCUUUAGGCGAGAGCGAGAGAAAUUUCAAAGGCUUAAUUACUAAAGGUGACACGAAACAGGAGACGAAGGAUAUUCCAGUUAGCCAAAGUAAUAAAAAAUUACAAGAUAGUUACAUAGGUAACGAAUCACUGGAAAAAAGGAAAAGUAUCACUAACCCGGUUAAUAUUCAACGAAACUCUUUUCUGGUAAAUAUGUUGUCAGAGGAUACAGAUCAGACAUGGACGAGCUGUGAAAUCAUUGCUGUUCACCCAAAAUCACUAACGAAGAGCGAAGUAUCGAUUUCGAAAGACGAAGAAGGAAAGAAAUUGGCGAACCGGUUAAACGAGUCGAUAAAAAUGGAUUCAGAGAUCCAGAAAAUUUUACAAGAGUCUAGAGCGCCGUUGAAAAGGGUAGAAACCACUUUACCAAAGCCGACAACGGCCAAGAAGAUUGCCGAAACGAGCAAGAAAACCACCGGUGAGGCGAAGUGCGAUGUAUUGAACGAGUUGCUCUCCAAUUUUAGUAACAUUAAAUUGAAACCGGUGAACGACGAGAAGAGAAGUGCCACUGAAAGUCAUCCGCGAGUAAAAACUUUUUCUCGGCAAGAGAACGAUAAGGAGAGAAUCGAAUCUAUGUCAGAUAGCCGUACACAGAGUUUGAAAGAUUGUAACGGUAAUUCUUCUGUUGAGACCAAGCAAACGAGCGGCGAGACGAUAAAUCGCAUAGCAGGAACUUCUUCGGUUAAACAGUGGCAGUAUGCUGCCUCUUUAACGACGAGGAAGGUUCAAGAUGACCGGAAUAAGAGUAACGAAUCACGGAAAGGGUUUGAAGGGUCUCAAAAUAUUACUGCGAAUUGUACAGAAUCUGUGAAACCGCCAGAGAGCAGCGAGAUUUUAUCAGGUCGUAAAGAAGAGUCUCGAGAAAUAGACGUAAACAGAGUCGCAAGAACGGUUAAGCAGUGGCAGUAUGUUGCUUCUCUGACGACGAGCAACUAUAUUCCAGAUGACCGGAAUAAAGGUAACGAAUCACAAGAGAGGUCUGAAGAUUUUCAAGAUGAUAUCAGCUUUGUGACCAGUACUGUGAAUAGAAUAAACAGAGUCGAAAGAGCGACGAACGAGGAUUACUCGGAAUUAUCAAGGAACACGAACGAAGUUCUCGUCGAACCGACCAAAAGCGAUGCUGUCAGAAGAGUGUCUGACGACGAAGCAGGAAGAGGAGGAGCAAGCUCCGUGGAAUGUCUGCAGAUGGUAGGCUGCAGCGCAAAGACUGACGAGUCGCAUAAUCGUGGCGCGUACGCGCGACAGUUAGAGUUAAGCAAGAGUAUGAGUAGCGGCGACAAGAGUGCCAUAGCUAGGAGGAUUUCUCGACCCCAUUGUAAUAAUAAUGACAAUAACAGGGCCGUAACACCCGUAGCUGUAAGUGAUGACCAAUCCCGCGACACUGUAACGAUAACCCCUGGUAGAGUUAGGAGCUUCAUUAAGUACUACGAGAUUCAUCGCGAGGCGACGACCGACAAUGAUUCUAAAACUAACGAUAGAGUAGAUAAGGACCCGAUGCCUGAGCACCAAUCGGUGAUCAGCAUCUGUAGGGGACUGGAAGCGAGGGCCAUCGAGGCUAAGUUCUUCGAAGCGCAGAAAAAGGAUAAUUCUAAAUCGUUCGACACGAUGAAAAAGGAUGAUUAUCGUGGGCUAAUAGCGGACCAAGAUUUCGAAAGAUCGAUCUGUUCAGCGAGGAAAGAAGGAAAGUGUGCUGCGAUCGUAGAAAAGUUUGGAACAGAGAACUCGAGUCGAUUAGAUGCUCGUAUUGCGAACAUAGAAGAUGAUUAUGUGGAGAUGAAGAAGCAGAUACACGUGUCACCGAAGUCUAUCGGUGAUUCAUGUGCGCAUCCUGGUACAGCUAAGAGAAAGAAGUCGGUGAAAUUUCAAGGUGGUUUCACCGUGAUCGGCGCGAAAGAUCCUGACGAGAAUGGUACCGCAGGGAGUCCUGCGGGCCAGGAUACGAAGUUGUUGGAUAAGAAGAAGAAUCCCGACAGACUGACGCUGGAGAGUAGUGUUCUUCCCGAGAAAGUAGAUUUUGGCGUUGGACAACUUGGAGAACUGCUGGACGCUGACUCGCGUUCUUUGGAGAAACGAGAAACUGCUGCUCAGACACAAGCCGCAGCAAAAUGUGAGGAAUGUUCAGGUAUUAAUCGCUUCGUUCCAAAACCAGAAACCCCACGCCUCGUAUUUUAUUGUACUGUAUAGUUAAAACCGUAGUUUCUAAACGUCGUCGUCGUCGUCGUUUUCCCGAAUCUCGGCGAGAUUUCACCGCGACGCUUCGUAGCGUCAUAGCUAAAUUCAAUCUUUUCCAUACUGUUUCUUACGUGUUUUAACUGAAGAACAGAUUUCCCGCUGUUUCGCGAGAACCUGCGCGGAAUUCCAUUCUCUCGCAAACAGAACACUGAAACAAUUUUUGUCAAUUUAUCAUUAUCAGAGAUUUUAUUCGAUGUUAUGAAUUAUUGAAAUUAUGAAAUAAUUUGGAACGGACUAUCGUGAAAUUAUAGGGCGUCGAAAAAUAUCGAAAAAUAGGAAAUAUAUCAGACUACUGAAACAUUUCGUGGCACAAAUCGCGCAUAUAUGAACUUCGUGUUUCAAUGGAAGCUUUUUCAAUGAUAAAUUUUAAUGUAUUUGCAUAUUUUGAUAAUAUUACCGGUAUCUAUGUUAUCAAAUGAAGUUGGAACAGAAAGAUAUAAUUUUAUGUACCUCCCAUAUGAAGACCACAGGCGAGAAACACAAUAAAUUCUUUUUUAUCGAUUUCUAUUGACGUCGUUUGGUGGUUAAAGUUUGAGGUUCUGUAAAAAGCCAACGGUAUAGUUAAUACUAUAACAAUCGACAUCUCUGAAUGUUCAAAUCGCUAGCAAAGAUACAUAUUCAAUUUUAAAAGCAAAUAAAAACACGUCGGAUUACGAUGCAACAUAUUAAAUUAAUGAAUUAAACGAAGAAAAUUGCUCACUCUUAAUAAGACGUGAAUAACGCGUGACUUACCAUAUUUCUUCAUACUACAAUUCAACAAAAUCAGAACGAAAUACAAUAUCAACUCUAAUUCUAUUAACGUCAAACGAUAUUCUAAGAAACAUUUAUCAGCUGAUAUUGUUACAAACAUUUUAACUUCUACAUCUUAAUCCAAGCUCAAUUUCACUACGUUAAAGUAUCUAAUAAGUAGUCUGCAACAGUCACAAACAGUCUUCCAAUCGACCAAAUCAAAACAUUACGAACUAUUACAAAUUACCUUCGUGUUUCUAUCAAUCACAGGAAAAAGUACGAAACGAUCUUUCCCUAAAUCACAGUAACGGUCGUUCGUUCUUAAAGAAUAACCGAAUAUAACAACCAGCGAUGAAAGGAUAUCAGUCAAGGAACAGAGGUACUUGGAUCACCAAUUCGCAAAGCAAAGAGUAAUCGCGUGUUUCCAAACGGUUUGCCACGUCCUACGAAGGAAAGAGUUCUACAAAGUUUCGUUGGGUUAAGGUUAAGCCACUCGUUCGGUACACAUUUCGACUAACGUGGAAGGACAGAUCGCGACUAGCAAAUGUUCCGUUUCUCCCGGAAGGAUUUAGAGUUAUCGUGGAUCCGAUGGAUAAACAGAUUUUUCGGUCAAGCGCAUUAGCCAGUUCGUGAAAUGUCCCUUCCUAGCGGAUUUAUUCGAUUCAGCCCGCAUUUGGCGCGUCGCAGCUUUUUCUCCUAAUUUCUUGCAUCAUUUUGACCGACUUAUUUUACGUGUUUUCGGAUAAUGGGGCUCCGCUAGAUUUACGGCCCCUCGACGAGGCCGUAGAGCAAAAAGCGCCGACGCGAUUUGUGGCUUCGCUCGAAUUGGCUGUUUCUUGCGUAACGUGACGUUUUCGGGAUGGAAAACUUUGUGAAAUUCUUUCGAAUGGAGUGGAAAGCGGCAAUGAGAGGAUUUGUAUGACUUUCUGGAUUUUUCAUGGUGUCGAUGACGGUGAUUAGCUUGUAGAUCUUUAUGGCUUCAUGGGAAAUUUGCAGAUGAAAAAACGUAUUGUGUUCAUAAUACAGAAAUACGUACAAGAUACUCACAGUAUAGUACAAAAUAUUCAAAGUAAAUACGAUAUAAGGUAAAUACAAAAUGAAGAUAGUAACAAAAUGCGUUAGAUGUUUAGUGUACGUUUGAACACUGUUUCUGGAACGAAAAUACGUUCAACGAAUAUGUAACAAUUGGCAAUUUAUUCACAUAAUUAUAGAUGAAGAGAAAUAUUGCAAGCGAUGAAAACCAAUAUUAACUCGAUCUACGUUUCCCAAAUUGUAAUGGGAAAUUUGUGAAAGGUUCUAUUUCAGAUGUUUCGUUCAGUUGUAUUUGCAUUAACUUGCAACAUAACGUUCAGACCGCGGUUUGUGCUCGAAAUGUUUUACUAAAUCAUACUUCCUUCAAACAUAAAAUAAACAGAACAAUAAAACGCGUUACAUAUAUUUCACCGAUCCAAUAUUUCUUUCUUUUCAUUUCAUUGUUUACACACACAUCAAUCAGUGUAACAGACUAUUAGCAAUUCAUUUUAUCACAAAUGAAAUUUUAUAUUAAUUUGUGUAUAAACUUUUUCAUAUAAAUUUUAACGGUCGUAGUAUUUGAUUAAGAAUUUUUAAAUUAUCAUUUUUAGAGAAGGGAUCGAUAUUAAAAUAUGAUCUGCCAGCAAAACAGUUGUUGCGGUAUAGAAUCUAGAAAAGAAUAUUCUAUAGUAAUUCUUGAGGAGAAAGAUAUUAACGUUUAAAAAAUUCACCUUAUCAUUUGUCAAAUAAUUAUUUCUAUAGGAAAUUAGUAAAUUACAAAAUUACAAAUUACAAAUGACAAACAUGUUACAGUAUACUCUAGACGAAAUAGUCUGCAAUAAUUCCUAAAGCGUCAACGCGAUAAUCAUUGCAAUAUUCACUGCAUAAUUUAGAAAGAAAAGAAACAAAUUUGUACUUACCUAGUAUUCUCGAAAGUACUUCAUUAAACAAAGAUCGAGAAAGACCUAACUGAGAAGGGAAAGCAAUUACCGGAAUGAAAUAGGAAGCGGGAGAAGCGUCGCCGUAUACAAGAAAUCUGUUCUUCCGUUGAGCUCCUUUAGCGCGGUUAGUUUCCGUUCUCCAAUUGACUUUUAGUCGUGUGUGUUUAACGAAACGGCAAACAGCUCUUAGCUCUGUUAUUGUCGCAAACCUUCCUUGCGCGUCCUUGCAUUAGGAGAACGUUGUUUUUUGGCGACAUAGCGUAUCGCAGGAACCGCGCGUGUAUAACCCCAUUAUCCUGCAUAUAUUGUGUAAUUAUAACGUAAAGGUGGAAAUAAUUUACGUGGUAGAGUAGUGGCGAAAUAAUAUACUUGUUGCGCUGUUUGUGUUACGUAUACGUGUUCAGCUGAUCAAUUUAACACAUAUUUAGUAUCCAGUGUCGUAAAAAGUACUUUCAUUUCGGUGCUUACGAAUGAACGUUGUUUCUCAAUGGACGAAUGUCCUGUGUUUCGUGGACGAGAUAUUAUCUCUUAAAAAAAAAAAAAAAUGAAAAAAAGGAAGAAAAAAGGAAGAAGGUUAUAAUACUUUACGUCUACUUCAGGAUAUACAUAGUUUACGAAAGAAUGUUUGUAAAUUAAGACGAGAGGUAGAAAUACGAACUUUGCAGAUAAUGCUUGAUAACUGUGUUUUUCUAAUUAAUUUUUUUGUUAGAUAGGAUCUUACGACAAAUGUUGUCUUAAUUAUGUGUAUACCAUAACAUGUACAUAUUAUACAAAGGUCGGAUAAGCUUUUAAUAUGUUGCGAGUUACUCGAGAGUCUUUGAAAGCUUAUGUUAUGUGUGAAAUAUAAUUUAAAUUGUAUAAUGGAUAGAAGUUAUUUUAGAAUUAUGAUGUGAUAGUCUUUUUGUUGUUUGAAACUUAAUAAUGAGCCAGGAAAAGCCUGGUCUAUUAAAGUAGAUAUUUUUCUUCAUAGAUUAUUUUACAUAAAGAAGCACCAAAAGACAGUUUUACGAUUUUUUAAGAUGCUAUCAGUACUGUAAGAUAUUAUUAUCAAUUUGAAAUAUUAUUAACAUGAUACGAUAUCUUUUUAAUCGUUUAAUUAUCCAGAUAAUACUGUAUCACUGUUGCUAUUAAUAUUGCAUUAAUCUACAGUCAGAGUAACAUGUUCAUAAUUAAAACGCGAAUGAAACGAAUUUCUGCGUGAAUAAUGUUCUUAAACCAUAGAGAAUCAAUGCUGAAUGCUACCAAUAAUUCUUUAUCGAAUCGUCAUAAAUAAUAUCAAAUCGCAUAAUUUAUUUCUGCUGCUUUCCUCAUUUCUUCAUGUUCAUAUGCCUUCGGAUAUCUUCUAUUCACUUUUUUACUCAUAAAAAUAGAACAUAAAAUAUAGAACAUAUAUAGAGCAAUAGAAUUAAAUACAUAGAAAUCAGAUUAUCAGAUAACACCAAAGUGUAACUUGAAGGUUACUUCAUCAAGCUUCCUUUGAAAAUUUCCUCUGCAAAUUUCUUUUAACAACACAAACGAAAAUAAAUCAAAUUCGAUUGAUUUAUAGGUAUACUUUUCGAUGGUGUCAGAAUUUCGCGACAGUGCAGCGUCGUGGAAGGCCAGAUUUCUAGCAAUCCGUGUAAAGUUCUCGGUUGAUUUCAAAUAUGUCGAGCGUAGCGGGAUAGCAGAAAGUUUCUGACACGCGUGGCAGAUCGAGUUAAAGGACGGUUCGGGUUCCGUCAAGUUCUUUUUGGCACGUUUGCCAGAAUCAGACGCGUUUCAGCUGAGAUCGGAUACACGAUUGAAUCACGUGAAUCUCGCUCCAGAAAUAUUCCAUGAUUUUCCACUUAUACAUCAGAAUCUCGUAAUGAUAUCAUCGUUGCACUAUUAACAUUUCUGCGAUUAAUAUUUUUCCUCUAACAUACGGCAUGCAGAAUUGUUCAAAUACACGAGAUGUUCAAACGUUUGGAAUCCAAACUGAAUACAAUUUGAUUUUAGAAAGUUGCCCAGUACUUGAUCGUUGGAAUAUAUUUUGAGUGAGAUCGACUCGUUCAAACCGAUCAAAAUUUGUUCAAACUCACUCAAACGAUCAAAAUAUGUUGCUCGAUGUUCGAAUUGCUUGUCUUUUCGAGUUAUUUGGACGUCUCGAGUGACAAAAAUCUGAUCGAGGAAAUCAUACGAUCGGAUAAUAGAAUGGAACGAUGAUGAAGAAUACAAACGUAUACAGAUCGAAAUGACAGUACUUUUUAAAGGAUCGACACGCAGAAGGUGAUAUGCAUAGCGAACUUUUUUUUAAGCGUGCAAUUCGUUGGCCAAAUGAGACUUAACGCGGUGUGAUUAUGCAAUCGUUUUAUUUUUUCCUCUGUUGACUUAUUGUAAGUAUGAUAAUUUAUCGUUUGUGCGAGUGCAUUACUUUAUACGACGUAGGAGAAGAUUAACGAUAACGAGAAGAGUAAUAAUGUCGUCGAUAUAAUAGAAAUACGUAAAUGGAAUGCUUCAUAAGACUUAGUAUUAUUAUAUACGCAUGGCUCGAUCCGUUUGUGUUCCUGCACGAUGUAGAUUUUGGAUAAAUGUCGAAGAAAUCGAUUUUCUUAUCGAGUUUCCUUCGUUCUGUAUAUUUCGUUCGACCGACUUUCGAUUUUACUCGUUGCACAUUAAAAUUCCUUUCGAUGUGUGGAACGUAUCCAUGAACGAUUGAAGUUAAUAAAAAAUUUGCCAUUUUCGAAUGGUAAAGAUUUUGAGAUGUUAUUAUAAUUGCAGAAGAUGAUUUAUGAUAGUAAGAUGUAGAAAAAAAAAUCGGUGUUAAAAGUUACAUUGUUUUUAUGUAAAGUAGUACAUGAUUUCAUUAUUGCAUAAGUAUGCAUCAUUUUAUCACACGUUAUAGGAAAACGUGAUGAAUAGAAUAAGCAUGGAAGUAUUGAUGCAAAUUUAUGAACUUAUUACUUUUCUUCAGAACGCUUUCUCUCACAAUCAGAAAGUUACAUUUGUUAUAUUUUAUUCUGGGAUGCAUUAUAAUAAUAUCAAGAUCAACAGUUGUACACCUCGUGUGUAUGUAGUAUGUAUAUGGAAUUUAUAUUUAAAAUUAAAAUUCAGAUGUAGAUUGUGUAGAUUGAACAUUAAAUCGUUUCGAUUUUUAAUUGUAAGCAGUGUAACGAUAAAUCAUCUUUUAUCGCAAAGUAUCAAUUUAAAUAUUAUUUAGAUACAUAAUUAUCAGAAUUUCGGCAGAAAUUAGUGAAUGUUACGAAAGCAGGUCAAUACAAUUUUUACUACGCUAUUAACCUGUACAUCGAUUUCUUUUACUUUCAAUCGACAUCUACAUUUAGCACGAAGACAAGUGGAUAAGUAACCGUGCAUAUAUUUCUAGACACAUAUGUAUAUGUAUAUGUACUUGUACAAGAUGAAUGUGAGUAUUAUUACGCGAUAACGAUUCUGUAAAACGCAAUGCGAUUUACCCAAUUACCCCGUUGGUUAUGCGAUCUUUUAUAAACUUUAAUUUACAUAGAUAGGUAGCGUGAAGCACAGAAAGUGCGAGUCGUACGAGAUUUGUCGCAUUUCAGUGGAUGUUACACGUAGCGAUGCACUUGAAAACGCAGCUCGAGGAAGCAAUAAGCCACGAUACAUUUAUUUCUUUUAAAGAUUUCUUUUAACGCGUCCUAGCUUUAUCAUUAAGUAAAGAUUUAUCAUUAAGUAAAGAUCAAUUGGAAAUUGUAUAUUUUAUAUAGCUGGAAAGUUUACGUCGAUCAAUUUUUAAUCGUCUUCGUUUCAUUACUUUAUUUUUAUUAUGAAACAUUAUACGUAAUUCGUUUACCGGAUCGAUAUCGGUAUAUUAUUGAAUGAGAUUUAUAAUAUUUGAAUAAUUUUAUUUUGUAAUUUUUAGAGAUAAAUUUUAUUUUUGAUUUAUCUUUGCACUCGUAAUUAAUUUUUUUUUUUUUUGUAUAAUUGAUUAUAAUAUGUUGCAUAAUAGUAUCAUUUCUUACUACGAAUACUUCGUCACGUUUAUCGAGUCACGAGUUUUAAAUUUGUAUACAGGUUUGCGUGCAUGUUGCAAACGACAGCGUUCGAUAAAAAUGUUCAGUCAAAUGAAAUGGCCAUUAUUGUAUGAUCGUUAAAUGAAUAGAAUGUACAUAUCUGCAAAAAACAACAGAAUAAAUUGGAAAUGACAAAUUGGAAACGUCAAUCAUACACGAAUAAAGUUCCAACAAUAUUUGCGAAUAAUUUUAGAAAGUUCUAAUAAUUUUAGGAAUUGUUCUAUUGUAAAGAACGAUAUUUCCAUAAAAUUCUUUUUAGCAUUAAGGUAUCAGUUUGUUUUUCCAAACACGUUUAUUAUCGCUAAAGAAGAUAUAAUAAACUAUAUUUUGCGUUCUUUAUGGAAAAGUGGCGGAAUAAAGCAGUCGAAAAGAAGCGAAAAUGAAAAUGAAAAUCAGAAAAUCGACAAAAAUGCAUCUAUCGUGCUUACCUUUUCUGAUCUCCGUGUGUAAAUCACAAAGCUGUCGAAUAAAUAUCAUUCGAAUAUUUAUGGAUAAAAAAUUAUAAUAACCGUAACCACGAUAUUUGAAUGGAUAAAAUUCGGCGCUGUUAAAACAUCGAAAUUCAGCCAUUGCAAUAACACGAUAUUUGAAUCGAUGGAAUUUUGUAUCGAAAAUUGUUAUUAACUACGAUAAAAAAAAAUGAUCAAUUGCAGCAAAAUCAAUAUUCUAUCACAAUAGAGAAUACAGGCGACCUUUGCGUGCACACUAAAACUUUCGAUCGAGUUACAUUAGUCUGAAAUAUUUGCUCGGCGAACAGUGUAAUCGAUGCAAAGAAACGUAAGUUCCAUUCAUUUGACUCAACAUGAGGCGCGAAUCUAAAGCAGAAUCGUGCGAAUUUGUUCUGUCUGGUUGAAACAAUAUGGUUCGGAUUUAAAGAUAAAAGAAGAAGACGGGAAAAAGGAAAAGAUAAACACGAGGUGAAUUGUACAUUCAGGGGAAAAUAGUACGAAAGCACGCGCGUAGAAUCUAUUGUAUAUUCGUGUGUGUGAAGCACGAAAACGCUUUGAGACCGAGCUAGUUUCGUUUUUUAGGGGACAGAAUCGCGGAUCAAAGUUUAGAAGAAUUUACCGAUUAACCUCCCGAAAUACGUUUUUUCUAGACGAAUACGAACAACUUAUUACUGUUUUAUAACGUGUAGAGGAUGACAAAAGUGAUAGCGUAGUGGAUGAAACAAGUGCGUGUACCAACGAUGCCUCAUUGUACGCAGAUAGAGUCAUUCGCUGUUAAAGUAUAGUCGACACUUUAUGUUCAUUUCGAGAGAAAUGUUUUCCUGCAGUACACUGUACGUUUAUAUUUCCCCGCUGAACGCUGAAUAAAUUAUUAUUUUCUAUGCUACAACAAA